CUGACAUCCAGCUUCGGUUGUGCGCGGACGCUUUGGAGGAGGAUGUUUCGACAACCCGUCAUCAUUGCGCCUUUUUGGCAUUUUGCAGCGUCCAUUGCAGUGCAGACAAAAGGGCUUGAACUUGCCAAUAUCGCCAUCGCCAACAGAGCCACUUAUCAAGACGCGAUAAGCGAUAAGCCGAAGCCGAGGUUACCGUACAGUUACACACCAUUGUAACUUUACUAUACGCGAUACGUCAUAAGUUGUCAAUUACCCUCAAAAGUCAAAACACGCGUUCUCUCUGUACAUUCUCGAAGUUAAGAACACUAUCAUCCAGUGUUUUAUCGUCAUUGUUCCGAAUGGAGGCCAUACAGCGACUCCAUAUAUCUAUUGCUCAAACUUUUGAGAAUUGUUUCGAUACCGCUUACAGGGAUUUCAAUGCAGAGCUCGCCGCGUACGAUGCACGCGUGAAGGAUGCAGAGGAAAGGGCCAAAACUGCUGAUGAGGCUCGCCAGAGGGCAGCUUCUGAAGCGGAAGUGCUAAGACACAGGAUAUCUCUCCUGCAGGAAAAAAUGCGGCAAGGUGAAUUUGAUUCGAAAGAGCACCAUGACUCCACCGAAAACGAGCUUCAGUUAGAUGGUAAAUAUGAGCCACGGCUUGUCUUGGGAAACAAGCACAUCUCGGAUAUAAGUGCGGGUGAUGUGGAAAGAAUCAGCGAUAGAUAUGCCGAACUAUAUGAACAGGCCGGCAUGCUUGUGCAAGCGUCGAACGAUCUUAAAAACCGAGUCAAACGUCACAAGAAGAAGCUAGAGCAGUGGCAGAGCCUUCUUCAACACCAAGAGUUUGCUUUUACAGUUAAUGGUAAAGCUGUCAAGUUUCAGCGAGUUGAGUCAACGGGCCCAAUGAAUCCCUUGGUGCUGUCACCUAGGCAUUCAUCCCGCAUACCCAAUCCAUUAAGGAGCCCCGACGAAGACUUGCAAACAUACAUGUCGAUUAGAAAUCCCACAACACCCAAGCUUGAGGUGGAUCACCAAUUCGGUAACGACAAUUCUGGGAACGAAUGGGACGGGACAAGUGAGCAGUGGCGGCGGAAAGAACACCCAGAGCUGACGUCUACUAUGCCGUCGGAUGCUUCAGCAGACGAGUUGCCGCCGGACACUCCCACUCAUUCAGGAACUUGCGCCGUAAUGCGGAAACGAAAGCGAUCUACUCCAGUACAACCUCCUGGUAAUAAUUUAUCUUCUAAGUGCUCACGCAAUGACUGCACGGAACAACCUAUUACGAUCAAAAGUGAGACAUUGCCUUCUAGCCCUCUGAAAAUCCAUUCUCCGCAAAGCAGGCCACUGGGAACUCAGGACCUAGAUGAUAUCGGUGAUACUGUGGCUACUCCUACCAAAAGGGUGCGCUCUCAUAGGAAUCAUGAUUUAUAUGCUCCUCCAGGCGGCCUCCUGGUCAGCACGGGAUCGCCUUCGCGCCAGCAUAUGGUGCGCCCAAACUGUACACACGAGGGCAAUCAGGCCAAGCAUGAUAAGUUAAGGGUGCUUCAACCUAUUUAUAGCAACUUGAGGAACAUAAACGGUCUUGGUCAAUCAUCGGGCAAAAAAGGGGCGAAAAAGCCGGGAAGCAUAACGCGGAUAUCUUCCUUGACGGAGGAUGGUGAUGAAAAUCAGCCCCCGCCGCUCGCGAAUGGAAGAGGAGCAGAGCCACCGCGGAGUAACCAAAAUGAGCGCGAUCUGUCAAGCGGGGACCGACUAUCGGAUCUACUCGAAGGAACACCACCGAGGGACCAAACAUUCCAGCUUGGGAUCACUCCCAAUACUUCUUCACGCACUGAAGGCCGCAGAGGUGGCUCUUUGAGAAGCUGCGAUGUGGCAGGUACCAUUUUCAAUACGACACCAACUUCGAAGCCCCCUCGAGGAAACCAGGAAUCGAACUUACGAGAUUGUAAACUAGAUACACAACUAGGGCUUCCGGGCCAAAUGGAAGCAAUUCCUAACGACGAACCCUACAGAGCCCGGCCACUGCUGCGGCUCGGCCUCGAGAAUUUUAAAAUAAACCCUGAUUACAACAACGGACUAGAUUACGCCUACGAUGAGGUUAUCCGAGGAAAUGACGGGCGCAAGUGUGCCAGUGGCUGCACGCGUCCUGGUUGCUGCGGAGAAAAAUUUCUUGCCAUGGCACGUUUUGGCAUCCCGGUGGAUGCGUCCAGAGAAGCAUUGAACGACCACAAAAUCCUCGAAGAAUAUUUGGCGGGGUAUAAAAACACGGUUGACACGCUUAGCCCUGAGGCGCGUGGAAAUCUAUUAGUCGAAGCAAAGGCAAAAGUCUUUGCUGAUCGAUUUGGCAAACACCGGCAUCAACACCACAGACCAGGUACGCCCCCCGGGUUUUGGCGCACGGAAAUGCCCGGCACGCAGGAAUUAAAAGAAGACCGUGAGGAAGCCCAAAGACUAGAAAGAGAUAAGGUGAAGGAGCGGCACAGAGAAGCGAUGCGUCCAGGCGGGCGGUGGCUGUUUGCAGAUGAGUGAACAGUAGGGCUAGGUCUGACGAUACUCGUUGGCAGAGAUAUAUAUUUGUACAUACUUGAGAUAUGGCUCGAUACGAGCCAGAUUUGGAUCUUUGACAGAUGGUACGGAUACAUCGAACGUAAAUUUAUCAGAAGCAUCAUAAUGUUAUACAUUGCGAGAUGACUGCAUUACG